UGGAUGCGCCCACGUCGGCGGAUAUGACGGAUCUUGCGCUGUUCUAACUUCUAAAGUUCUAUAAAUUACCGAAGAUUUAUCGUCAUUCAUAUUUAUUAAUCAAGCAAACGCUGACCAUCAUCUCGUAUAUCUAACAUCAAUGGACCAAAGAAAUUUGGAUAACAUCAUUUUCAGUCACGGACAGUCGAUAAAUAGAGAUGGAACAUCCCCCGCUUUUCCCAGACUGGAGGGAGAUGGGAAAGAAAAUGCCACCAGCUCCAGUGAACCCGCUGGAAUAGCAACAGCGACUCCCCGCCUCACUCGUCCAGCCUUCUUUGACGGUAAAAAUCGCAACUCCACCGAUGUGGCCCUGGUGGAACGGAAUCGUCAGCGAGAUGUCAGGCCCCAAAGCCCAUCACCUCUCGGGGGCACUUCAGUCUUUGGAAAUGGACGGCAGGACGUCUGCGCCAAGCUGGAAGAAGCCAUCAAAGAAAAUGAAAAGUUGAAGGAACAAGUAUCAAAGUUGGAGGUCGAGAUGAGAGGAUUAAAGGAUGAGAAGGCAGAGAUGGUGUCAGAAGCGGCCGUUCAAAAUCAGGUCAAUAAAGACCUGAAAAAGCUUCUAGUUGCGUCAAUGGGGGCGGACCUACAGGCCCAGUUGGAGCACCUGUCUACUGAGCGCGCUCAGCUCGGCCAAGACCUGGAGAACACAAUCGCGACGCUAGCGGAGGAGCGCGAAACGCUGGAGAGAGUCAACAUCCAGUGUGAUGUGUGGAGGAGUAAAUUCCUAGGCAGCAGACUACAGGUGGAUGAAGCCGUUUCCUCACGCACCCGUCUAGACAUGGUUCUCCAAGAAGCCUGCUUUGCUCUCCGAAAGAUCCUGGAGGAACGAGACGAAAUCAGAUCGCACAUGAUGCACACCCAAAGGUUGCUCCACUACCUCUCCAAUGCCUUGCAGCGAUCUCACAGUCUCUCAGAAGAAGCCAAGACAUCAAGUAACGUCCUCACCUUGGCCUUACUCAACGAACAGGUGUCCUCCAUGAUCUCCAAGCACCUGCUGGGGGACGUGGGCCACUCGCAGCCCAAGACCACCUCACAGUUUGACUUUGUGGAGUGGACAUCCGCAGAAAUGCUUGCAAAAGAUAUUCUGUUAAACCGAGAACCAGCCCUGAAGCUUGAGCGAAUGCACACGUUACCAUCGUCAGCAUCAACCGCAUAUAUACCCCCAUCAUCUUCAUCAUUGCCAGCAGCAUCAGGACCUGUACCAAAGACUAACGUAGCACAGCGCUUCCAUCCACAGACCAAGUAUGAAAACCUGACCAUCAACUGCUGCAAAUACUGCACCGGAGACAUCAAACUUGUCUAACGUGCCAGUUUGGCCGUUCUUGUAUCUUGCCUUGAUGAAUACUGCACCAACACCCCUUCUCAGGGGUCACACGGGCAGGGUAUACAUAUCCUUCCUGCCAGAAACACUGGGGCGAACCCCUUCUCUUAGCGAUAAGCGUUACUGGGUUCUUUUAGGUGCGUUAGGCCUAAUACAACACACGGGACCUACGGCUUUGCGUCCCAUCCGAAGGACGAAGCAAGAAUGGUUAUGUGCCUUGCUUAAGGGCACAAGUGUCCACGCCUGGGCUCGAACCCACGUCACUGUUGCCUCUGAAACACCAGAACAUGAGUCCGGUGCUCUUAACCACUAGGCCAUGACACUCCACGUUAACCCCAACUCUCCUUGCACUUUCUUAAGAACCCUCCUGAGUCCUCCACUGUGCAGGAACCCAAUGGCACAUCUGUUUGUAAUUGAACUUCGAAGGGGAACACAUGUAUCGCUCACUCACUCACUCAGCCGUAACGACAGUGUUGGUCCGUCGCGCUGACCUCCUGUGCCCAUGUUAAAUAGCUUGCCUCAUGUGUAUUAAGUCUUGUGUAAUUUAAUAACAGCAGAGCUCUACCAUUUCUUAUUCCCGCAAGGUCCUCCAGGACCUGGUGGAUUCUGAAGGAUCUAAGAUGGCGAGGCUUGAGACAAUUUUAUUCACAAAGUGCCUUUAUCUUGCAAACUUCAAAUCCCCCCCCAAAUAAAAAAACCCAAAGUCCCUGAAAAACAAAGUUCCAAAUUCUCCCUGCAGUUUGGACACAUGAUUUGACUUUUUUUUUAACAAUGCUGUGCUCAUGUUCUAUCUAGAGCAAGCACGGUUUACCAGGCCCCUAUUACCAUGGCUCAGCUUACCGUUGGCGAAAAAUCCUUGCUUACUGUAGCAGAAA